UGACAUUUUUUUACCCUUCAUAUUACAUUCACUCGUGUACAUCCAUGGCUCUAUUAAAAUAACAUAAUGUGCACAUCAUAUAUUUGGCAUGGAUUUAUAUAAUGUGCAUGUGUAUGGAACUUACGUUUACGUCUCGCGAGAACGCGCUCGAGACCUGCGAAAUCUUGGUUUUCCGCAUGGCAGUACGCGGGAAAUAGUUGUUUUGAGACAUAAAGGAUAGAGUUGAGAUUUCUUAUCAGUUCAUAAUAUGAACGCAUCUGAAGUAGAGUUUAUAGCGGAGAAGGAAGUGAUUCAAAUAAUACCGAAUUUCAGUCUAGACAAAAUAUAUUUAAUCGGGGGAGAUCUAGGUCCCUUUAACCCUGGGCUUCCCGUUAAUGUUCCUGUGUGGUUGGCUCUUAUUAAACAGCGUCAGAAAUGCAGCAUUGUACCCCCUGAAUGGAUGGAUGUUGACAAACUGGAGGAAAUGCGCGAACUUGAAAGAAAAGAAGAUACAUUUACACCUGUUCCUAGCCCAUACUAUAUGGAGUUGACAAAACUGCUGCUAAAUCAUGCAUCAGACAACAUUCCAAAGGCUGAUGAAAUUCGCACUUUAGUAAAGGAUAUUUGGGAUACCCGUAUUGCCAAACUGCGCCUCUCUGCAGACAGCUUCAUCAAUCAGCAGGAGGCUCAUGCCAAGCUUGACAACCUGACCUUAAUGGAAAUCAAUACCAUCCGAGCAUUUCUUCUUGACUCUUUGAACUGCAUGUAUAAACUACGCUCCAAUCUCCAGCCUGACUCAACUAAAGGACAGUUCAAUGACUAUUGAUAGUUGUGUGCUAAUUUUAGGGUCAGUCCGUAUGAAAUCAGCCAUUUUCAAGGAAUCUCCCCUAUGAGCCAUCUCGGAUUUGGCUGGAAAAAUAAAAUAAAAAAUAAAAUCUAAAAUCACCAAAAAAAAAAAAGAAUCUCAGCUCAAUCCCUUGAGUCGUUCCUGAGUUAUGGCCCCUUGAAAUUUUGGGGCCAUGCUCGCCUUAAUUUAAAAGCAUUUUUGAGAGACCAUAACUUCAUAAAAAAUGAAACUGUAUUAUUGUAGGUUCUUUGGUCUAUUGUCAAGUAUUGGGUAUCUUUAUUAUGGGGCAACAGAUUCAUAAUCUAUUACCAAGAAUCUACAAUAAUACACAUUUUCAGCUUCCUAGCUCUAUUUUUUUAUGGAGUUAUGGUCUCUCAAACAUGCUUAUAAAUUAAGGCUUCAGAAAAAGUGAGCAUGGCCCCAAAAUUUCAAUGAGCCAUAACUCAGGAACGACUCAAGGGAUUGAGCUAAAAUUUGAGAUUGUUUCAUUUGGUAAUUUUAGAUUUUUAAAUUUUUUUCUCUCAGCCAAAUCUGAGAAGGCUCAUAGGGGAGGGCAGCUGAUUUCAUAUGGACUGACCCUUUUAAUAGAAAACGUAUGUGAUAAAAUGUUUGUAUUAUAUAAACGUUUAACAACUUCAGACUCUUAGUUUCAUUAAAUUAAAUCAAUGCUUUUGCCAUCAUUGUGCAACAAAAUGUACAAACCAUUUCACUGUGGUUCCUAGGUGACACUCAGGCAUGUUUAGAGCCAGAAUAUAUUGUCAAUAAAAUGAAGGUCAUCAGAAAUAUAUUUCAAUACUUGGCACAGUAAACAGGCUUUAAUUUCUUCAACUGGUGAACAGGACUUAACACCAUCCAAUAGAGUUAAAGUACCUUUUAAAUGCUCUAUUUUGCCUCCCAGUUCAUGCUGCAGUGGAUGAGCUGCAUGAUUUUUUCAUAUGAAGCCAUAUUGUCCCAUAAAUGUCAACAUAGAGCACAUCUCAUUUCUCUUUCCUUGCUUCCUUCUCGAUUUCUCUCCUCGAUCCUCUAUUUUUCAGCUGUUGAUCCAAUGUGCCAUUUUAAGUGGUGUCCCAAAGUUCAGAGGAGGCGAGGGAAGCAAACCACAAUGUAAAUCGGAGUGAGGGUUCAAGAGGCAGACAUCAGUUCAAAUAAUUGUCUCACAGUGAGGUUUUUGUAUUGUUGCAAUUACACAAGUACAGCAGCAAAGCAUUUUUGACAUGUUACGAAAUCCUGAAUUUGACAUUUAAACUAAUAAAAAUGUUACAACACAUUUGCCUGAAUAUA